UUCCUUCACUCAGACAACAAAGCAGCAGCAGCAGGAUGACUGUUCCAGUGGUCCGAGACGAGGGUGUGAGGAACCUGUGUCUUCCGCUGCGUCAGGUGUUGAAGGCGUUGUACUGUUGUCCAAUCAGCUGCUCGCCUUGUAGAGUGGUGGUCAGGGGAGGGGCCACAGCCGUUCUCGGGACCAUUCAGAUCCUGGUGGGCGUGUUCAACAUUGGACUCGGGCCGGGAAGGACGUGGCAACACCCUUUUUAUCUGGCCAGUCUGGGAGCAGCUUACUGGCUGGGUGCUGUGUUUGUCACCGCAGGAAUCCUGUCUGUCUUGGCGGGGCAGUGCCCCUCCUGCUGCUUGGUGGGCUUUACUGUGUUCAUGAACAUCGUCAGCACCAUCUUGGCCAUUGUGGGCAUUGUCCUGUACGCCAUCGACAUGGGAAAGCUUUCCCUCUACUUGUUUUGCGGCAUCCGACUGUACUUUGAUAGCUCCGCUUGUCAAGAUGUGGCCUUUUUUGCAAUGAGGUUGAUAAGAGGCAUGGACAUCACACUGAUCGUCCUGGCUGCUCUCCAGCUGUGUGUCAGCAUCAGCAUGACCGUUCUGGCCAUCAAGGCUUUGGUCGUUGGCAAGAGAAAGAAGCGUGAUGAAGAUGUCGAAGAAUUCCAGCCAGGAGUGAAGGCUUUCCUCCUGGACAGUCCAAGUCCAGAAGACAAAAAUUACGAUAUGAAUAUGAAUAUAUAUUGAACGUGACGGACACGCAUGCAGUUCAUCCAAAUGAAGGCUCAACUGCAUCGCGCUAGCUAGCUUACAGUGCAACUUGUAUAUCGCAACACGCUAGCUUGUCAAAGGUAGCUAUUAUUAGCAUUUUUCAUGACAUUAGCAGUUAAGAUUGACCCAAAAGUGAAAGCACAGUGAAAUUCAAUCUUCCUUUCUAGUCUAAUGGAGAUGCAGGCGUGCUACCUUUUUGCUUGAUUUCAAUUAUCUGUUAAUUUAAAGCUAAAGCAUAAAAAAAAUACUCUAUAUAUAGUAUACAAUACUGUCCUGUCUUUAAUCUUUCUUUCAACAACAUGCAAUAAAAAUGGGAAUAUUUCAGACAUACUUGCAAAUGGUGAUUAAUCAUGAUGAAUUAAUCUGAAAACUGAUUAAUCUGCUCAAAAAUUUCAAUCAUCUGACGGCCAUGCUUUUUUUCCCCCUUCUCA